GCGCGGCCGAGGCAGGCACCAGUCUCGAUAAUCUGCUGGGGUGGGCCGCGCUGGUGCCGGGGCGCGCGUGAAAUCUGCAUGGUUUUGUAAGGGAGCUGGCGUGAGGUGCUGAUUUUCCCACGCCUGGUUUCCUUCCGUUCGUAGUCGAUAGUGAAUUGUCCAUAUUUACCGACAAUGUCAACAACUCGCUCGCCUGAUGGGAACAAGGCGCCGCAAUCGCCGCCGCCUUCCCCGCUGAAAAUGUCGGAGAUAAAGCCGGAAUUCUUUGCUAAAACUGUGCGAAAACAUGCAGGAAGAGCCAAAGAAAGGAUCCUCCAGAACCUGGGCAAGGCCGACAGGACCACAGAUGAGGUGUUCGACGACUAUGUGCACAACUUCAGCAGGCAGCAGGGCCAGGCCACCCGACUGCAGAAGGAGAUGAGCAACUACGUCCGCUGCGCCCGAGCGAUGCAGGCGGCCAACAAAUCGAUGAUGGACACCAUCUACGACAUGUACGAGCCGGAGUGGUCCGACCGCGAGCGGCUGGAGAGGCAGGCGCGCGAGCUGGAGCUGCUGUGGGCCGACUACUGCCACAAGCUGUCCGACCAAGUUCUGGAGCCGCUCAACACGUACGCCUCGCAGUUCCCCGAAGUGCGGAGGAAGGUUGAAAAGCGGGGUCGGAAGCUGGUCGACUACGACAGCCACCGGCACAACUACGAGGCGCUGCAGAACAACACCAAGAAGCGGGACCAGGCCAAGAUCACCAAGCAGCACGAGGUGCUGGAGGAGGCGCGCCGUACCUUCGAGCUGAUGAACAACGAGCUGUACGACGAGCUGCCCGCGCUCUACGACUCUAGAAUACCGUUCCUCGUGUCGAACAUGCAGACGCUGUUCAUGGCGGAGCACAACUUCCAGUCGGAGGCUGCCAAGGUAUCGCUGCAUGUCCAGCUGGAGCUGGAGGCUGUGAUGGACGAGCUGCAGAAGGACUCGAGCACGGGCAAGUACACGACCCGACGGAACGCGCCCAAGUCGCCUAAGUCGCCGACGGCGCCCACCCCGGCGUCGCCCACCGACCACGCCGGGCCGCCGGACUCUGUCACUGCCAUAACUUCUUCCGUUUCUGAUGGUGGCGCGGACCGCAACUCCGGUGAGGCCUCUUCUCCUAACUCUCCUGUGACUGGCGACGCCAGCGAGCCGGCCAAGGCCGAGGCGCCGCCCAAGCCGCCGCGCACGCCCGAGGCCGGCGAGGAGGCGCCAGCGCCGCCCUCGGCGCCGCCCGAGCCGGCCGCCGCCGCCACCGCCGGCGGCGACACUGCGCCAAUCGCGGAGCCGGAACCCUCCGUCGUCUCUGGCAUAUAUCCUUCCCUCCCCAGCGUCCCCGAGGUGGACUCGACCUCCGACUCACCCGCCGCCGCCGCAGUGGACUCACCCGCUGAUGGUGCUGGGUCUAUUGACAGGAACAAGCCGAACAAAGAGGAUCCGCGGCCGUACGAAGAGAUUUCGUACAAGAAAGAGAACGGCGACUCGAACGGCGAGGUCCCUUCGGGCGCUGCCCGGCCGGUCAACGGCGGCGCCAAGGUGCGACCUGAGGAGCUCUACGACAUCCCCGUCGGGGCCACCACAGAGAACCUGCCGCCGGGCGUGCUGUACCGCGUCAAGGCCGCCUACAAGUACCAGGCUGAGGACGCGGACGAGCUCAGCUUCGAGGUGGCCGAGAUCAUCCAGGUGGUGGAGUACGAGGACGCCGAGGAACAGGAGGAGGGAUGGCUGAUGGGCGUGAAGGAGACGUCGGGCCAGAAGGGCCUGUUCCCGGCCAACUUCACGCGCCCCAUCUAGGCGACCUCAGCCCGUGCCAGCAGUGCCUCAACUCGCCGCCGCUCCCGUGUGGAGGGCGCUAGUGUGCCACACGGAUCCUGCAGACCGGUAGACGGACGCGCAGCCUCUAACUUUUGGAACCAGUUGCCCGGUGUGGAGCGGAAGCGCAACAGACGCCGGGAGUUGGUCGCCGCUGUGCAUAGUGUUCAGCAAUAAGCGCUUCCCUGGGCCCUUCCUGGCUGUAAGCUCACAAAAUUUGUUGUGGUCCGCCUGUUUUCAAUCGUCAGUUUUAAUCGUUUCGAACCGAAGCUUUUUCCCAUUCGUGGGUUUUGUCCACCGCUGCUAAUACCAAAAGACAGGCUUACAUGAGACUGAAACUUACAUGAGACGAUAAUGGUCUUACAAAGCCAAACCACGUAGACGCCGGAUAGCUGGUCCCCCAAACAGGCGGUUGUUGGACUCUACCUUACCGAUGAUCUGUGUUGAAUCUAGUAUUCUAGCCGUGAGAGGUAAGCCACCCAUGUUUGACUAAUGCGUAGCUCGUUAAGUUUACGUUACUAUAGGUUUUUGGACCGGUUUUGUUAUCGAUUUCCGACAGAGUGAAAUAAAUUUCAUGUCGGUCGGCGUCGUGCUCUUUGCAGGUAACUUUAUAUAUACCCGUAGAGUAUCGGAGAUUUAUCCGCAUUUUUGUCACUAACGUGCUCAACCAAUCGUGUGCGCCGCUGUAUCCGGCGACCCCGUAGGCGUGACCGCGUGCGAGACGACGUGACGAGCGCGUGAGCGCGUGAGAGGCUGGUGUGCGUGAGGCUCUUCGAUGUCUGUAAAUAGUGAGGCGUGCCGCCGCGUGGAUGGCGCGCUCCCCACUGACCGCGCCGCGACAGUGCUGCCACCUGCGGCUGAGACAGCCGGUCCCAAUCGCGGGCCUGACCUAGACCCGUCUGCACCGGCCGGCGCCCGUCUGUCCGCCGGAGGGGGGGGGGGGGGGGGGCGCUGGGAAGGGACCACGUGCGGGCUGUCCCUGGCCGGGGUGUCUGGGGGCUUAAACAGCGAUCUGGUAAGAUGGUGGCAUCGAGGGAGGUCCGGCCUGGCUGAAUAAUAACAUGCAUUUCAGGUCCGGGCACAAAAUGCUGUCGACUAUUAAUACGCGUAUUCGUUGGGGCGGCAUCGGCAGCGUUGUCGGUCACGUGUGAUGAAUCGGUAGGGAGACGACCCGGGUGGGGGGCUGUGUGUCUACACCGGGGAUGUGGCGAUGGUCGGAGCGGACUGCCGGUCGGACGGGUCCUGGUCGCCCGUCCCCUGCCCUCCAACGUCCAAUCGGCAUGCGUGUGAUCUGGAUUGUUGCUUCUUUUCUAUGGCCGUCUGGCCGGACCUGCCGCGGCGCGGAACUGCCAGGCUUUUGGGCGCGCGUGGCUGCGGUGAAUGAGCGCGAGUGCUGAUGUGAACGCCGUCAGUCGGGGCUAAUAAACGAAC